CACGCACACACAAGCUCACACGCACCUGACGCCGAGCACCACACGCCACUCGCACACGCACGUUACACAGAAGUGGUCGACGGUCGCCGCGCGAUAUCCGACUCAGUCGACGGACGCAGUUUGCACCGGUACCAUCACUGCCGCCGCGGUCGUCCAUCGUUGUCGAGAGCCAACCCCGUCGAGAAACACACGCGGCCGCACAAUGUCCGUCGUCCACCGAUCUACCACGUUCCGAUGCGUUUUGUUUACUGCAGCAAUUGUGAUUUUUGAUCAAAUCCUCGUAUCUCCAAUACAUGCCUUACAAAUAAAUGAAAAAAAUAACACAAAAUGGUCACCAAUUACAACAUUUCAAAAAGUGAAACGUUUACCGGACGAAAGUUCACUAGAUCCCGUAUCGAACACAGACGAUGAAACUCAGAGGUCGGUCCGAAAAAGCGCUGUUUUGUACAAUAAAGCUGACAUAACAACAACUACUCAACCAAGUAAUAUUGUUGCGUCACUUUUUCGACUAAACGAGGAAGAAGGUAAUACGUGUAUUCUAUUGAGGGUAGAUGCUGUCAUUGAAGUAAAGUUCAAAACUAAACUUGGUUCUGAAGACGUAAGGCAAACUGAUCUGUAUGUUCCUGACGAUGCAGAAGUAACUGGCGAUUGCAGUAAUGAGGAUGAUGCAACAUUAAUACUCAAAUGGAAAAAUUUUGUCUUUACCUGGUAUUUCACAAAGACUCUUGGAGGAGAAAGAUGGUUCGUCAAGGCAUUGGAACUUGAGAUAAAUACAGCUGAUAAACAUUUCGACCAUAUUAAAACCAAAGAUAAAAUUGUACGCUUGUCAACAGUAUCCAGUUAUGGUACACUGCUGUUUAUGACACCAGUAGGACAGUCAUAUUCGUGUCAAAAAGAAAUUAGCGUGGUAUUGAGUGAUCAAAACGUACCUACGAUGAAAGGAUACGUAUUGCUCAGAGCAUUUACUGUGCAGCCGUUCAUAUUUAAAAAUAAUGAAUUUGGACCAGCUUACCAGUGUUCGUCUAUCGGAGCCGGUGCCAUGCGAAACGAAACCGUACCAUUUAUAUUUGGCAUCACUUUAGCAGCCGUCGCUGUUCUUACGGUUGGUGGGUAUGCGGUUUUCAGACACUUCAAAAUCAAGAAAGUCCAGUACGAUACGAUGGAAUAAAUGAUUCUAAGCAUGGGAAAUGUAGACGUGCUAACCAACUGGGGAUUUGUUUUAAUUAUAAAUUAUAAAUAAUAUUGUUUUUUAAUUUUUUUGAUCAACUCAGCAAUAAUCGUAUAGACGACGUUUUUAUUUUAUACUAUAGUUUAUAUAAUACAAUUAUUAGGCUAUUACUGAUUAUUCGACACUGCAAUGACACGUUUUGUGUAUAUUUUUUCUUUGUAGAAUUUCUGAUUCGCCUGAUUUUUAAAAGAAUAUCUGGCUUACAUAUUUAUUUAAUGUGUAAAUUAUAGGUAUCUAUUUGAUAAUUAUCCAUUGGUAUUACAAAAUUGACUUAUUUUACAUAAAUUUAUUAAUAUCAUUAUUUUUUAAUUUUAUCAGUUUUCAUAACCAAUUAUCUGAUUUAGAUGUUUUUAAUCUGUAUUUGUUUUAUACUAUUAGUUGUGUUUUUACAUCACAGCAACAAUUAAAACCGAGUCUAGAUGACUCGAUAUCUGAGUUCAUAUUUAUUUUAAAUUUCAACAUUUAUUUAUAUUCUAUACAUAUAAAACAAACAAAAAAUAAACGUAGGUAGUUUUAUUACUGAAGUAUCCAUUCUUAUUUGUUAAAAAAAAUCUAUUUCUACCAUUGUGUUUUACAUAUAAUAUUUUUAAUCUUAAUCAACAUUAAAUAAAUUAGCAACACACUAUAAUUAGAUCAUAUUUAGACACAUAAAAAAUAUCUCAUUAUUAUUAUUAAAUACUUGUUUGAUAAUAUUAUAAUCUCAUUGCAGACUUAAUUUUUUACUAUUCAACUUAAAAAAACUUACUUCAAAUUGUUAUUAUACGUAUUUUUUUAUUUAUAUAAUAUAAUAUUGUAUUAUUUUCAAUAAUAUGUCUGCUUACAGUUAAUGACGUAUACAUACGUUAAACUAUGUGUUACAUAAAUAAUUACUGAUAGUGUAAAAUGUAAAUUAAUACGCAAUUUUUUAUUAUUAUAAAUAUGAGCUAGGUUUGAUUUAAUUUAUUAAAUUAAUUUAAAAUUGGUUUACAUGUUUAACGACUUGGGUAUAAUUUGCAACAGAAACUAUUGUUAUUCGGAAUGUCAAUUACCUAUAUAAUAUGGUUUGGUUUCAAUGAUUUGUAUUUCAUUGGGUAAUUGGAUUGAUUUUGUCAAAUGUCUUAAACUUAACAUAGUACUAUAGUAAAAAAAAUGACUUGUAAUAUAACAUCCAUGUUACUUUACCCUUAACUGAUUGUUCAUUACAAUAUUAAUUACAAUAGAUUGUCAAUAUUAUAAUAGGCAGUUUCCAAAAUUAAUUUAGUAUAUAGAAAAUUUAUAUACAUUUAAUUUUAAGACAGCAGAUUUUAUUGUUGUAACUUGUAAGCAACAUUAAUGAAGCUCUUUAUAUUUUAGUAAGUAAUUCGAUUUAAUGUUUUGAUUUUAUAUAACAAACAUAGUUUCAUAUUAGAUUUAUCGUCCUUUUUACUAAAUUAUAUCUUAAUUUUGGCUUAUUUGAAAGUCAAAAUGCAUUGUCUUUUAUUAUUUUACAUUAAGUUAUUGGUAUGAAAAAGAUAAACUGAUUUAUAUAAUUCAAUUAUUACCCAGGAUCUAUUGAAUAUUAGAUGGACAUUUCCAAACUUAAAAUUAUCUUUAAAUACAGUAAUUUUAUUGAAAAAUAUAUUGGAAAUGCAAUAUUUUAGUUCAACUAUUUGAGAUAAUUAUCAUUAAUUAUAUUAUUUAGUAUUAUAAGUGUGUACAGUCUUAAAGAUAACGCCCAUUACUAACGUGUUCUAACUAUAUAAAUUGCGUAGAUCCUAGGGGAAAUUCGUAGUCAUCUGUUGAGCACUAAUGGGCUAUAAGUAAAUAAAAAAUUAUACCUAACUCUUGAUUCUUUGAAAACAAAAAACAACAUAAGAUUUGCGUUUGUUAUAAGGACCAUCAUUAGUAUAUUAUUAGUUCAAUGUAAGGACUACGUUACUAGAAAUUUCUUAUCUGUUUUUAUACCCACAUGUUUGUUACAUAUUUUACUGCAUAUCAUUGUUUAAUUCUUCUCAUUAUUAAUUGAUAACAUUCAUACACAUCACUUUAUAUAUUGGUUAGGUUAUGUAUAGGUUUACCUAUUAUAACUUUAAUAUUUUAUUUGUAUUGUACUUUUUCUAAUGGGUAACACGAUAAGUAAAUUCAAUAAUACGAGAAAACGACCAUAUAUCCAAUCAAAUAAGUACCCAAGUAUAACAUAUUAUGAAUCCGAUACUUAUACUAUUUUUUAACACCAUAAUAUUAAAAAUAAAAAUUAUUUUCAAAGUUAUAGAAUACCUUACCUACCUAAUCAUAUACAAAUAUUUCACUCAUAUCAGCAUACAUUUUUUUAGAAACAGAAAGUUUGUAAUUAAUAUUUUUCCAUGAUUUUCAAAUAAACAAACUUAUAUCAUUAAAUUAUUUUAAAUGAUAGGAAGACGUUUAUUAAUGAUAGAUCCAUUUUAAAUUAAUAUAAUAAAUGUGGUAAAUACAAAUGUUCAUUAAAUAAGUUUUAACUAAUUUCUGAUAUUUUUACAUCUUAUAAAGUUAUAAUUUAAAGGUCACAAAUUUUAAAUUUAUAUAUAUCUACUUCAUAAUAAUGUUAUGAUACUUUGAGUUAGUUCGUAAUCAAUAUGUAAUACAUUUAAACAUCGUAACUAUUUGAAAAAAAAAGUAUCAUAUCAUAUUUAUCAAUAAUAAUAUGUGAUAAAUCUAUUCAACAUAUAUAAAUACUUAAUACUUUUUUGAUGAGGUAGGUUAGAAUAGAAUAAAUUCAAGUAUAACUCAUAACUCAUAACGAAGUAUUGAAAAGUAACAAAUUAAAAAAUUAUUUAUUUACUUACCUACCCAUGAUUUAAUUGUAAAAUAUUGUUU